AUGACAAUAAUAGAUGAGCAAUUAAUUGAUCAACAAAAUGAAUUUGAAAAAUUAAAAACAGAUCUAACAAGAUCACGUCAAUGUUUAGAAAAUAUUGAUUAUUUAAUUCAGUCUAAAAUAAUGAUUCAUGGUGAUAAUAAAAUAUCAUUAUAUAAAUUACUCAAAUUAAUCUGUGAUAUUUCUGAUAAAAAUAAAUUUUGUACAUUAAUGCAAAAACAUUGUAAAGUUCAAUCAACAAAACGAUUAUUAUCGAAAGAUAAAAAACGCGAGAUAAAUCCUAUUCAUCGUCGUAUUGAAUUAUCUUUUCCAUCAAAUAAAAUAGGACGUUUACUGGGUCGACAUGGUAAUAUUCAUAAAUCAAUUACGAGCAGAACAAAGACUCGAAUACAUUUUGAUAAUGUUCCAUAUUCGAUAUCAUCACGUACUAAAUCAACAGAUUUCAAUUUAGAUUUAUUUCAAUCAACAUCAUCUACCGUUACUGCAAUGAUUAGUGGUCGUACUACAGAAGCUGUUAAUACUGCAGCAGAAGCAUUGAUAGAACUUGACAAGGUUAUGCAGGAAAAAAAUGCCGGUGCGCACUAA